AUGACCAUCACAGAUGUGCCUAGAGCCAACAAAGCCUUGUCAAAGGCGACUUGUGCUAGUUCUAUCUACGAAGAUGGCCGCGCCGACGUGGUCGCUAACGACGCCGGGGACAGGGUCACUCCGGCGGGCGUCGCUUUCUCGGACAGCGAGGAGGUGGUCGGCUUAGCUGCCAAGCAGAGCAGAAUAAGAAAUAUUUCAAACACUGUGGUGAAAGUGAAGCAGAUCCUUGGGCGAAGCUCUGGUGACCCACAGGCAGAGAAAUACAUGGCGGAAAGCAAGUGUUCGGUCAUUGAGAAGAAUGGAAAACUUCAAUAUGAAAUAGAUAAUAAAUUUAUUAACCCGGAAGAUGUGGCAAAACUAAUUUUCAGUAAAAUGAAAGAAACUGCUCAGUCUGCCUUGGGUUCAGAUGUAAAUGACGUUGUUAUCACUGUACCAUUUGAUUUUGGAGAGAAUCAGAAAAAUGCCCUUGGGGAAGCAGCUGCAGCUGCUGGGUUUAAUGUUAUGAGAUUAAUUCAUGAACCGUCUGCAGCUCUCCUGGCUUAUGGAAUUGGCCAAGAUUCACCCACUGGGAAAAGCAAUGUGUUGGUUUAUAAACUUGGUGGAACGUCGCUUUCUAUCACAGUCGUGGAAGUAAACAGUGGAAUAUAUCGUGUGCUUGCUACCAACACAGAUGACAGCAUCGGUGGAGUUUGCUUCACAGAAGCUCUAGCACAACACUUAGCUUCUGAAUUUCAGCGGUCUUGUAAACAUGAUAUUAGAGGAAAUCCCAGAGCCAUGAUGAAGUUAAUGAACAGCGCUGAUGUUGCAAAGCACUCGUUAUCAACCCUGGGAAGUGCAAACUGCUUCGUAGAUUCAUUGUAUGACGGGUUGGAUUUUGAUUGUAAUGUGUCCAGGGCCAGGUUUGAACUUAUCUGUUCUUCACUUUUUAGUAAAUGUGUAGAAGCAAUUAAAAAGCUCUUGCAGCAAGUUGGAUUUACAGCAGAUGAUAUUAAUAAGGUAGUUCUGUGUGGUGGGUCUGCUCGGAUCCCGAAGCUACAGCAGCUGAUCAAAGACAUUUUCCCAACUGUGGAAUUAUUGAACUCAAUUCCUCCAGAUGAAGUUAUUCCCAUUGGUGCAGCUAUAGAGGCAGGGAUUCUGCUAGGGAAGGAGAAUCCCUUAUUAGAAGAAGAAGCGCUCUUUAUCGAGUGUUCUGCCAAAGACAUUCUUCUUAAGGGAGUAGACGAGUCCGGGUCUGACAGAUUCACAGUGCUGUUUCCAUCAGGGACACCGCUGCCAGCUCGAAGGCAGCACACCCUGCACGCUCCUGGAAACGUUUCUUCUGUGUGCCUUGAACUGUAUGAGGCACUGGGGAAAAGUCCCAUGAAUGGGGAAGGUAAAUUUGCACAGAUUGUACUCCAGGAUUUAGAUAAAAAAGAGGAUGGCCUACAUGAUAUACUAACUGUUCUCACUAUGAAAAGGGAUGGGUCCUUGCAUGUUACCUGCACAGAUCAAGAUACUGGAAAGUGUGAAAUCAUCACUGUUGAUGUGGCAUCAUAGUCCCUUUUGAAAGGCAACAUUGUUCUGAGUUGAUUUUUGUCUCUUGGCUUUUCUGCCAAAAU